GCAUGAUAUAUGCAUGAUUAAACUUCUUUUCUACCAGGGCAUGGCUCUAAAAGUUAAAUUUAAAUAUUUUGUUAUUUGGAAAUUUCUAUAGAUUAAUCGGAUUGAAUAUGCUUUUCUUCUCUUCUGGAAAAUAUAUCUUGCAUCGCAUGUCAAAAAUGGUGAAAAUGGAAAAGUCGAUUCAAAGUACAAGUUGAAAGUCUGUAUAUAUUUACAUUUUGUCGUGUUCACCGCUUUCAAAAUCCAGCAAUGCUAGUGGCAUUAGUAGCAGGAAUUAAUUAUCUCGUGUGAUAUGGAUAACGUAAUUAAAUUAGCUGCGGUAAUAAUAACGCAAAUUACAAUGAGUAGCGCAAAAGGAGUUUAUGUAAAUCUGCGUCACAAUACAGGAUACCCAUUUUCGUAUUCGAAUAAACUUAACAUAUCCCUAGGCAACGUGUCUAAUGGACUAAUAUCACUUUCUUCUUCUUAUACACAGCACUACAAAUCAAAUUCAAAGUUUAUUUAUCUGGUGGAUGAACGGCAGAAGAAUAUAUUGGACGCCUAUGGUGGACAAAGUAUAAGCACAAUUGCGAUGAAUACACUAAAGGCUGAAAAUGAUCAACAGGAACAUACUGCGUCUUUUGGUGUAAGUCAUAGUGACAAAUUGAAAGAACUUAUGGAGGAUAUUUCCAUAAAGCGAUUGUUGGUCAUUGUAUAUAAAGAUUGUAAUAAUACAAUCACAAACCAUUUACGUUCAAAGUUCAAGGAAAGUAAUGUAAAAUCUGUCUGCAAUUCAAUAUACGAAGAUCAAAUACUACACAACAUACCGCAAAUCCUUGAAAAACCUGAGAUGGUGCUGCUCCUAUUAUCAGUUCUGGACGCAAAUGUGGUAUUGGAGAGAAUGUUGCGCUUUGCAAUAAAAAGAAUUAUAUUUAUAACAACAGGCAUACCUGUCCAUGUCUUCAAAGAAAUGAAAAUUUUGUACCCAAAAUUAAACAUGGUUAAUCUUCCCAACAGCGUACAUGAGGACAUAAUACUGGAUACCAAAAAAGUUACAAAGUUACUCCAGGAAAAUGAUUUAAGCAAUAUAUUUAAAGUCUUGCCGAUGCUAUAUACAAGCAUAAAUAAAAAUGGAGGUGAAUGUUCUCAUUUAAAAAUAAAUUUUUUCACAGAGACAUGGAGGGCUGUUAGUCUUCUACGUGCUCCGUAUUGCGUUUUGCUGCCAUUUGAGCCAGAGAAUGAUGUUUGCGUUGUUGGCAUACCAUGUCGAGUUCCUGACACAAGUAAAAAUAAUAAAAAAUGGAAUUUUUCAUGCUGUUCCGGUAUGGCAGUGGAUCUAUUUAUGUUAAUUUUGAAGGAAUGGCAGGUUAACGUUGAACUUUAUAUAGCGGAGGAUGGAGCAUUCGGAGCCAUUAAGAAUGGCACCUGGAAUGGUAUUAUCAAUGAAGUUUAUUCUGGUAACGCAGAUAUUGGCAUACAAGCACUUACACCUACAGUUGAAAGAAUUAAAGUUGUUGAUUUUUCAAAAGGCUAUCAAUAUAGUUACUUUUCCAUUAUUCGCCGAACUACACUAAAAAAGUUAUCGUUCAUCACCUAUGAGUUUUUAGAACCUCUGGAUGAUUUUCUACUUAUUAUAAUAGCAGCGUCAAGCAUAAUACUUCAAAUUAUGCUGUUUCUCUUCGAAAAUGUCACCACACGUGGUUUAAAGAUUGAAAAACGUUUUACCUGGCGUGAUGUCCUUGCAUAUUCCACAGGCUUAGUAUUCCAGCGUGAUAUCGGAGGCAGAAAUCCUAUCAGCAUUUAUGGGCGUCUAUCGUCCUUAGCUUUUGCUGUUUCCAUGACUGUAAUUAUGUCAACAUACACUGCAAAAUUGACAGCAAACGAAGUCAAUAACCAGAGAUCGGAUGACUUUCUGGGAAUAACUGAUCCAAAGGUAUUGUCGUUAUCAUUUGCUAUUAAUAGAAAAAAAAUAUUAGCAGGGGGGUUUGAUCACACAUGAUCUUGUCUUUGGAGAGUAACGACUCCACUUAUUACCUGAGUUAAAAACAAAGAAUAGCACAGUUGAACAGAAAGUGGUAAAAGUUUACUUUAGAAAGAUAGGGAUGUCUAGUUUCUGCUGAUGACCGUCCGCGGACCUCUUCGAGGUGACCCUGCUAGACAUCCAGGGUACUUAGGUUCAGAGAUAUGGGUCGAAACCUACCUGCCUUGGUUAAAGUUCUGUUCAUCUUUUCAAAUGUGUUGUGUCCUUUUUAUUUUUUUUAUAUUUUUUUUAAUUCCUUGUAAAAAGGGAGAAUUGUGCUUUUAGAGGCAUUUUCUCUAGAGGAUUACAACCUCUAGGUUAUUUCCAAAGACCUAAUAGGUUGAGUUCAUCAUGCGGUGGCUUGCCACCUCUUUGUAAAUUAUUUUCUUUAUUAUUAUUAGGUGCUUUUGCGAUCGGACGCGAGCGCAAAUGUUUGAAAAGUAUUUUUUACCUACUAAAAUUCGGUCGUAGCGAUAAUUUUAUUUGACUCUCAGGCGAUCAACUAAGUUUAAAACCCUUUUGUGGCAGAGAGUCUCGCAUUUGGGUAGGGCAGACUGGUUGAUCUUGUAUGAAAUUUACUGUACUUCAAAAAAAAAACCGUUUUAGAGUGUCAAAAGUCACAGGAGUUUGUGUGUAGCCUUUUUUAAGUGGUAAAAAAAUGGUUUGCCGAUGGGGAGCUUUUUUGCCCCACCUUUUGCAAACGGUUAGAUGGAUAAAUGGAUAGAUUUAUAAUGUGUUACAUAAUAUCAACAAUCUUCAUCCAUCAUUAAAAUUUACAGUUGAAAAUGAAAGGAUCGGUAUAUUGCCGUUCUUAGAUAUGUUAGUUUGCUGUAAACAAAAUGGAUUGCUAGAAUCUACUUGGUAUAGCAAAAAGACGGACUCAGGUUCAUUAAUGAACUUCCAUCCAAUAGAAAUGUUCAGUGGUGUCAGGUAUAUCGAAUAAUUUGAGUUGUAGUACAUGGUCAUAUAUACACGAAGGUUCAGAGAAAGCUAAAAAGAUAUUACAUAUUAACCAGUAUCCAUCGUCAUUUUGUGAUCCAAUCAUCAAACAAGCGAAAUAGGAAAGUCGGAGGAAGAAAUGAUGAUGAUAAUUAUCCAGUACCGCGGUAAGCUGACAGAUAGAUUUGAGAAAGCUUUAUGUUUAUGUGUAUUAGGUUUAAAGCUUUAUGUCAAGUUAUCUUAACGUUACGAAAGUUGUAAACUGUUGUACCUUCCCUAAAACAACCAAAUUCAUAUGCCUUUUAAAAGUGGUGUUGUCUACGAAAUUUGUUGUCCGCGAUGUAAUUCGCCCCAUGUCAGUCAAUCAUCGGCAUCGUAUCAACCGUAAUAAGGAGCUUUCACGAGCUUCAAUCCAGUAGGCGUGCAUUUCAAUGGCUGCGUAUGUAUCCUAUCAAUGGAAACAGUCAAAAUUUUAUCGACCUGGAAGUCUUAACGGCACUUAUUGAUUUCUAGAAAAACGACAGAAUUGUAAUAUUUUUUUUUUCAUUGAUGAUUUUCUGUCUAGACAUACUCAAAAACUACAUCUAUUGCAUGAGUAAUUAUAAUUAUUACACUGGUAAUUAUAUAUACAUUAGAGGCCAUAACUUUGUUUACAAUGCAAAAUUUCAAGAACAGGUUGUCAGAAUGGGUUGAGCCGCAUUAAGACAAACACAUUUUUUCACAACAAAUAUAAACUAGCAAGAAGGAACCAAUGUGUAACAAGAAGCCCUGGGGCCUCUAAGAAUUUCCGCUCGCUACCAAAAUAUUUGAUGACAACCUACUAAUUCGUUGUGUUAUCGUGCCAAACAUUCGAAGAGUUUUGGUGCAUGAAGCUUUGAAGAUAAAGCACACAAGUGACAUUAUAUGUUAUAACAACCGCAAGCAAAACGCAAUGCUUCAUAAUAAACUCAUAUUAUAAAAGAAAUUGCUAA